AUGGCCAAUACUCAAGAGCGUCUGCAACAGCUAAAGGCCUUUGACGAAUCCAAAGCUGGUGUCAAAGGUCUUGUCGAUGAUGGAAUCACCAAAGUCCCAUCCAUUUUCAUAUGCAAGCCAGAGGAUCCCUCAGCCGAAGACACCCCAAGUUUCGGCAAUCCAACUGGCCAACACCAAUUCAGUAUUCCAGUUGUGGACCUUGGUGAUGUUGCCGCCGGAAGGCCUGCUAAGGUGAUCCAAGAUAUCCUGCGGGCUGCAGAGAGUGUGGGGUUCUUUCAUGUGGUUAACCAUGGGAUACCCAAGAGAGUGUUGGAGGAGAUGCUCGAGGCGACGCGUGGGUUUCAUGAGCUGCCAAGGGAGGUGAAGGCUGAGUACUAUACUAGGGAUCCCAUGAGGAAGGUCAAAUACUUUAGUAGCUAUAAUUUGUACCAAUCAAGGUUUGCUACUUGGAGGGACAGCUUGUUUUUUGACAUGGCUCCCGAGCCUCUUGAUCCCCAAGAAUUGCCUCUUGUUUGCAGGGAUAUAACUAUGGAGUAUUCUGAUCAAGUACAGAAGUUAGGUGUCACUUUGUUUGAAUUGCUAUCUCAGGCACUUGGACUCAAACCUGACCAUCUUUUCGGUUUGGAUUGCGAAAAAGAGCAUCUUAUUAUUAGUCACUACUAUCCUCCAUGUCCUGAGCCUGAGCGCACAAUUGGCACAGCCAAACACUCAGAUGGCACUUUCAUAACACUUCUACUUCAAGAUCAUAUUGGGGGACUUCAGGUUUUGCAUGAAAACCAGUGGAUUGAUGUUCUUCCUGUGCCUGGAUCUUUAAUAGUCAACAUUGGAAAUCUUAUGCAGGCAAGAUUUUUCUAUGAUCUAUACGUAGUUACGUACGCAUAUGUUCCAAGAAACACUCUUUACCAUUAA